GGAGGGUGGGGGUGUGAUUGCCGGGAAAGAAGCAGAGGGAUAAAAACCCAAAAGCAGAGCGCGAGCCCGCUAACAUUUUUGUUUUUGGCAUCAAAAUUUUGAAACCCCGCCUUCUUCUCACCCUCACCGCGCCCUACUUGGAUUUCAUUUGCCACUCCUAAAGAAACCAAAUUCCCGAUCCCAUCUCUGCUUCUACGCACUUUCACUCCAAAACUCCCAACUCUGCUACUAAUUCCAUUCUUUCCCCAUACUCUUUCUAGGGUUUCUCUCCAAUUCCCUGUAUUCCACCUUCCACAGUUUGUGUUUUCUACUCCUGUUCCAAUAAUUGCGAGCUUUUGUCUUGUUUGCGAUUUCUAUGGCGUCUGAAAACCUAGAAGACAAGAAAGCAGAGGACGAAGCUCCUGUCGAGGAGAAUAAGGAGCUCGAAGAAAAGCAAGAUGGUACAGAAGAAGAUACUUCCGAAGGCCAGGAACCGGGAAAAGAAGAGACCGACUUAGGAAACCAGGAAGUAGCCGAGAAAAAAGUUGGUAGUGCAGAAGGCGAUCCCGAAGAGGGAAAUGGUGAUGCUAAAGCCGAGAAGAGUAAGGAGGAGGCGGAGCAGAAAGGCGGGCCAGAAAUUCAAGAAGUGGCUGAGGAGCAGGGCACAGUUGCAAAGGACGAAUCCAACGAAGCCAGCGUAGAUGAGGAAGACGAAGGAGAUAACGAUGCUGAAAGUGAAGGCGAAGGUGAAAGCGCAGGUGAACCCGAAGGAAGCGAGGAAGCGAAGAAGGGACCGAAGGGAGAUGCAAAGAAGGAUAGAAGGGCGUCUGUGAAAUCAAGGAAAGAUUCUGCAGAGAAGAAAGGYAAAAAAGAUUAUAGUUUGAAGGAGCCGCUCACGCCAUCCAUUGAGCGGCCAACUAGGGAGAGAAAGACUGUCGAGCGGUUUUCCGUGACAUCGCCAGGCAGGUUGGUGAGGUCUUCUGCAAGCAAAGGUAUAUCAAUUGAGAAGGGCCCCGGUACUAAGCUCAAGGAUAUUCCAAAUGUGGCUUUCAAACUGUCGAAGAGAAAAGCUGAUGACAAUGCUCAAACCUUGAAGAGGAAUAUUAGCCAGUUUUCGGGUUAUGUUUGGGUUGAGAGUGAGCAAGAAAAACAAAGGUCAAAGGUAAAGGAUAAGCUCGAGAAGUGUGUUAAAGAAAAAUUGGUGGAUUUUUGUGACGUGUUAAAUAUCCCAAUAAACAAAACUAGUGUAAAGAAGGAGGAAGUCUCAGCAAAGUUAUUAGAAUUUUUGGAGUCACCACAUGCUACAACUGAUGUUUUGCUGGCUGACAAGGAGCAGAAAGGCAAAAAGCGGAGGAGGGUGAGUUCAGGCAAGAUAGUUGGUUCUGGAGAAUCUGCAGAAGUGUCUGCCAAGAAACAAAAAUCUCAGCCUACAAAGAAGAGAAAACACACAUCUGAAGUUGAGGAAGAAGAGGAUGAUAAAGUUGAAACUUCAAACGAGAAGGAUGGUUCUCAUGAUAAUGAUGAUGAUGAUGAUGUGACAGCAUGGAAAGAAGACAUUGAUGAAAAAGAUAUAUCAGAUGAAGAUGAUAAGACRCCAGAGAAAUUGUCUAGUCCCAAGAGGUCAUCUAAGAAGGCUGGAAAAGAUGAUUCUGGGUCUAAAUCUGCAGAAAAAGCUUCAUCUACAAAGAAAGCUACUGUAAAAUCUUCUAAAGGUGCUGCAAAAUCAACAAAGAAAUCGUCUGAUUCAAUUUCAAACAAAGGUGAUGCUGUCAAGUCUACUGGCUCACCAUCAAAGUCAAAGGGCACGUCAAAAAAGCAAAAGGUUGAGGAGAAGAAGCCAGUAAAGGAAAAAUCUUCGGGCAAGAAACAAACUAGCAUAGUCCCUGCAAAGGUUUUGGCUGAAGAACAAGGCAAGGGGAAAAAUAGCAAGAAAGCUAAAAAAGAACCCAGCAGAGAGGAGAUGCAUGAAGUUGUAGUUAAUAUUCUGAAGCAAGUUGAUUUCAAUACUGCAACUUUGUCCGACAUUCUCAGGCAACUUGGUACCCACUUUGGUGUGGAUUUAAUGCACAGAAAAGCAGAGGUGAAGGAUAUUAUCACAGAUGUGAUCAAUAACAUGAGUGAUGAAGAAGAGGAAGCUGAUGAGGGUGGUGGGGCUAGUGAUGAUACGGAUAAGGAUGAGGAUGCUUAGCUUAAGCUUGUUUAAUGGGCGCUUAAUUUUUCAUAUCCCUGGCAGAAAAUCACAGGAUGCUUUCUGAAUGAUCACCCUCUCCAUGAUCUCCAACAGCAGUUUGUAUGAUUGUUUCAGUAGAUGUGUCUAGAUAUAUGUUUGGCAUGGUCUGUAUAAUGUACCAUAUAGAUUUAACAUUUUUGUAUGGUAACUUCUUGUUGGCUUAGUCCCAUUUUUUCCCCUUCCCCCUCGAACUAAUUGUAUUUUAGCUCUCCCUAGACAAGUAGUCACUGGAUUACAGCAUAUCAAUCUUACAAGUUUAAAUUAUUAGAUUGCAAA